GUCACUAGGUGGAAACCAAACUGCAAGUUCUGGAAAUUGUUAGCUGUCCUCGCCCUGGCAUCCCCUGCCAGAAGCGAGAGGCUGGCCCAGCGGCCGGCUGUCAGAACCGCUGUUCGCGAUGCUCCCGCUGUGGGUGUCACUGGUCGCAGCCUCGGCGCUGGCGGCACCGGCCCCCGGGACAGGGGGACAGCGGCGGGGAGCAGGCGAAGCGCCCAACGUGGUGCUAGUCGUGAGCGACUCCUUCGAUGGAAGGUUAACAUUUCAUCCAGGAAGUCAGGUAGUGAAACUUCCUUUUAUCAAUUUAAUGAAAGCACAUGGCACUUCCUUUCUGAAUGCCUACACAAACUCUCCAAUCUGUUGCCCAUCACGUGCAGCAAUGUGGAGUGGCCUCUUCACUCACUUGACAGAAUCUUGGAAUAACUUCAAGGGUCUAGAUCCAAAUUUUACAACAUGGAUGGACGUCAUGGAGAAGCACGGUUACCACACACAAAAAUUUGGAAAACUGGACUAUACUUCAGGACAUCACUCCAUAAGUAAUCGUGUGGAGGCAUGGACAAGAGAUGUUGCUUUCUUACUCAGACAAGAGGGCAGACCUAUGGUUAAUCUUAUCCCUAGUAAGACUAAAGUAAGAGUAAUGGAAAAAGACUGGAAGAGUACAGACAGAGCCGUAAACUGGUUAAGAAAGGAAGCGAUUAAUUAUACUGAACCAUUUGUUCUUUACUUGGGAUUAAAUUUGCCACACCCUUACCCUUCACCUUCUUCAGGAGAAUAUUUUGGAUCCUCAACAUUUCACACAUCUCUUUACUGGCUUGAAAGAGUAUCUCAUGAUGCCAUCAAACUCCCACAGUGGCCACCUCUGUCAGAAAUGCACCCUGUAGAUUAUUACUCUUCUUACACAAAAAACUGCACUGGAAAGUUUACAGAAAAAGAAAUUAGGAAUAUUAGAGCAUUUUAUUAUGCUAUGUGUGCUGAAACAGAUGCCAUGCUUGGUGAAAUUAUUUUGGCUCUUCGCCAGUUAGAUCUUCUUCAGAAAACUAUUGUCAUAUACUUCUCAGACCACGGCGAGCUGGCCAUGGAGCACCGGCAGUUUUAUAAAAUGAGUAUGUAUGAAGCCAGUGCCCACGUGCCACUCCUGAUAAUGGGACCAGGAAUUAGGGCCGACCUGCAGGUGUCAAAUGUGGUUUCUCUUGUGGAUAUUUACCCUACUAUGCUUGAUAUUGCUGGAAUUCCUCUGCCUCAAAACCUGAGUGGAUACUCUUUGUUGCCAUUAGCAUCAGAAACAUUUAAGAAUGAACACAAAUUCAAAAAUGUGCGUCCGCCCUGGAUUCUGAGUGAGUUCCAUGGAUGUAACGUGAAUGCUUCCGUCUACAUGCUCCGCUUUCACCACUGGAAGUACAUAGCCUACUCUGAUGGCGCUUCAGUGCUGCCUCAACUCUUUGAUCUUUCCUCGGAUCCAGAUGAACUAACAAAUAUUGCAAUAAAAUUUCCAGAAAUUACUUUUUCUUUGGAUCAGAAGCUUCGUUCCAUUGUAAAUUACCCUGAAGUUUCUGCUUCUGUACACAAAUACAAUAAAGAACAGUUUAUCAAGUGGAAACAAACUAUAGGACAAAAUUAUUCAAAUGUUAUAGCAAACCUUAGGUGGCAUCAGGACUGGCUGAAAGAACCAAAAAAGUAUGAAAGUGCAAUUGAUCAGUGGCUUAAAUUACCACACUAAUGCAAAAACAGUUUGAACAACAAUAAGAAAAUAAAUGUUCUAGAACUACAUAUAAAUACAUUAAAGGAUAAGUUAAUCAUAUGUUUUAAUGGAAAGAUUUAAUAAAAUUACUGAUUUUAGCUACUUUUAAUGUAUUGUGAAAUAAAAUGCCAAUGAUUAGAGAAUUACAUCUUUUCAAAAAUGGUUAUUAUCAAGACAUUUUUGGUACCAACUUCUAACUAUUCAAUGCAAAUAUCAAGAAGAUGGAAGCAAAUACUGUAAAAUAAAAGUUAUGUUCCUCUAAAUAAUAUAGAAUAUAAAAUAUUUUAGUUUAUUAUUACUUAUGAACCAUAAAAUCAUUAUGUGUAAGUAUUUGAUGGUAUUUGAUAAGUUAUUUGUAUUUGAUGGGACCAUUUGGAUGUAUCUAAAGUGAGUAUUUGGUGUAUCUUAUGGGACAUAACCCCUGAACACAGCUGAUUUUAUUACCUUUUUUUAAAAAGGUAAUACACAGGUAAUACUUUAUCCUAAAGCACAGGAUAAAAGCUUCUGAAGGUAGGAAAGGGGUUAACAGUGAGCAUGAAGUCUGGCCCCUCUCCCACCCCCCUGCUGGCCAUCUAGUUCCUUUUGCAAGAGCCAACUACUACAACCACCUUCUCACACAUUGUUUUAAAGAAUGAACUUGUAUUUACACAGAAAUGUAUAUACUCUUUUUCCCACACACAGUGUUCUGCAUCUUGCUCCUUUAUUUCCCACUUAAUAGUAGACACCCAGAAGUGGACUCUCUGCAUCAAGAGUAUAUAUCUAGGAAAACUGCACUGCAUGCUACCAAAUUACCUGUGAUGAAGUUACGCUGAUGUUCUCACCAGCAACACCUAUUCUCAACUCUUGCCAAACUGAUAGAAAACAAACUAUUUUUCUUGGGCGCCAGCCCCAUAUACAGAGAGUGGCGGGUUUGAACCUGGUCCCAGCCAAACUGCAACAAAAAAUAGCCAGGCGUUGUGGUGGUGCCUUAGUCCCAGCUACUUUGGAGGCUGAGGCAAGAGAAUCGCUUAAGCCCAAGAAUUGGAGGUUGCUGUGAGCUGUGACGCCACCGCACUCUACUGAGGGCAACAUAAUGAAACUCUGUCUCAAAAAAAAUUUUUUUAUUUUAGAUAUGGUAGAUCAUAUUUUCAUAUAUUUAACAGCAAUUGGAAUUUGCAUAAACAUGACCUUUCCCUAUUUUCUAUUCUUUGACUGUUUUUCUGUUGGUUUUUGGUCUUUUUUAUUGUGUUAUUGUAGUAUAUUAGCUCUUUGUAAUAUUCUUUCCAGUUUGCCACAGUCAUUUGUCUUUUGACAUGUUCUGGUGGUUUUUACAUAUAGAAAUUUGUAAUUUCAUGGAAUCAAAUUUGUGAAUCUUUGUAGCCCUUAAGUAUAUACAAUUACGAUUUGUAUAAGUUAUCAAAAAUAACUUAAAAUUUUAUAUUGUUAAAAAGUAUGAAUCUUUGAAUUUUGUGUCAUAUUUAGAAUCAUCUUUACCAUUUAUCUCUUUUAAGAUUUUCAUUUUUCACCUUUAAAUGUUUGACCCAUCUGGAAUGUAUUACAUUUUAAAGAUCUAACUUUAGGGUUUUUUUUUAAAUGGCUACCCAAUUGACCUUUUAUUGAGUAAACUGUAUCUUGUCUCAUUGGUUAAAAAUAUCACUUCAUUAUAUAUAACACCUUAGAUUCAGAAAUACAUUAUCUUUUCCCCCAUUGAUGAGAAUGAGGGAAAAGUCCAAUUUACAGGCACGCCUUUUCUGAAUAUUUUAUUUUGUGCUGGAUCAUUCUAUGUAUUUGACAGUAUCUUGUAGGACUAGUGCCUUUGCAACAGUUUUCUUUUUCCGAAUGGUUCUAGCUACUCUUGCUCACUUAGUUUUUCCAUUCAAAUUUAGAAUAAUUAGUUACAAAAAUGAAAAAUGUUAUUAGUCUUUUCUAUGAAGUAAGUUUAUAGCCUAAUUUAUAAAGAAUGUAUUUCUUUAUGAUAGUCAUUCUAAAAAAGUCUUUUUCCAUUUAUCAAGUAUUUUUUUCAUAUGCCUCAAAAAUAUUCCAAUUUUUCCUCAUAAAUCAGUUUCUCUCUAGAGAUUUCUGAAAAGUGAGGGCUUUAAAAAAAUACCACCUAAACCUGAUGCCUUACCUGUUGAAUUAGAACUUCCAGAACUCAUGGAAGUUGAUGAGGAGGGAGCGUGGGCACUGUUCUGAUCUUUUGUUAAUCCCUCCAGCCAUGAUCCUAAUAUGUAGCCAAACGUGAGUUCAUUCCCAAUUGCUUUAUCAUUUGUUGUUGUUGCUAUUUUAAGAGGUUCUUUCAUCGUUUAUAUCUACUAAUGGGUAGUUGUUUAUAUUAUGUAAACUCUAUUUCUAUAUAUUUUACACCAAACCAUUCUAAUAGCCUUGUGGUUGAUAUAUUUUCUAAGUAAAAAAAUGUGCCUGUGGGCGGUGCCUGUGGCUCAAAGCAGUAGGGCCCCGGCCCCAUAUGCCAGAGGAGGUGGGUUCAAACCCAGCCCCAGCCAAAAACUGAAAUAAAUAAAUAAAUAAAUAUGUG